AUGAUUCGCUCCGUCGCUGCUUCUCUUCUCCUUCUCACCUUCUCGAUCGUCGCCGUAGCCGAUGGUCGUGACUUCCUGAAACUACCGUCCGAAGCUCGCAGAUUCUUCCGGCCGGCGGAGGAGGAGAACAGAGAAGCCGAUGGCGAUGACUCCGUCGGCACUCGUUGGGCCGUUCUGAUUGCCGGAUCCAAUGGUUAUUGGAAUUACCGACAUCAGGCUGAUAUAUGCCAUGCCUAUCAGAUAUUAAAGGCAGGCGGUCUCAAGGAUGAAAACAUUGUUGUAUUUAUGUAUGAUGACAUUGCUUACAAUGAAGAGAACCCUAGGAAAGGGGUUAUCAUCAAUAACCCUCAUGGUGAAGAUGUUUAUCAUGGAGUUCCUAAGGAUUACACAGGGGAUGAUGUUACUGUUGACAACCUCCUUGCUGUUAUCCUCGGGGACAAAUCUGCAGUUAAGGGUGGCAGUGGGAAGGUUGUGGAUAGCGGUCCAAAUGAUCACAUCUUUGUUUACUACUCUGAUCAUGGUGGUCCUGGUGUGCUUGGUAUGCCUACCAGUCCUUAUCUCUAUGCUGAUGACCUGAAUGCUGCCUUGAAAAAGAAGCAUGCUGCUGGGACAUAUAAAAGCUUGGUAUUUUAUCUAGAAGCUUGUGAGUCUGGGAGUAUAUUUGAGGGUAUUCUCCCUAAAGAUAUAAAUAUCUAUGCAACAACAGCUUCAAAUGCUAUAGAGAGUAGCUGGGGAACAUACUGUCCAGGAGAGUAUCCUAGUCCUCCUCCUGAAUAUGAGACCUGCUUGGGCGAUUUGUAUAGUAUUGCCUGGAUGGAAGACAGUGACAUACACAAUCUGAGGACUGAAAGUCUGAAGCAGCAAUAUAACCUGGUUAAGGACAGGACUCUCAACGGAAACACAGCCUAUGGUUCCCAUGUUAUGCAAUAUGGUGAUUUAGAGCAGAAUGUGGACUCUCUUUUUCUGUAUAUGGGUACAAAUCCAGCAAAUGAAAAUUUCACUUUUGUGGAUGAAAAAUCGCUGAAAUUAUCAGCGCCAAGAAGGGCUGUGAACCAGCGUGAUGCAGAUCUCUUGCAUUUUUGGGACAAGUUCCGCAAUGCUCCAGAAGGCUCGGCAAGGAAAUCUGAAGCUCAGAAGCAGUUUACUGAAGCCAUUUCACACAGAACACACCUAGACAACAGCAUUUCACUCGUUGGAAAGCUCCUCUUUGGAAUCGAGAAAGGUCCCGAGGUGCUGAACAGCAUCCGUGCUACUGGCCUACCCCUUGUUGAUGACUGGAGCUGCCUCAAGUCGUUUGUGAGAGCUUUCGAGACACACUGUGGUUCACUGUCACAGUACGGGAUGAAACACAUGCGCUCCAUUGCCAACAUCUGCAAUGCCGGGAUUUCAGAGGAGCGGAUGGUUGAGGCAUCAGCUCAAGCUUGCCCAAGCUUCCCUUCCUAUUCCUGGAGCUCUCUCCGCGGAGGAUUCAGUGCAUAAUUUGCAGUGUGAAUUGUGUAAUUAUCUGGGGGUUUCAUUAUCAGCCUAGGUGCUAAUUCAGAUAUUUGGGGGUUUCAUUAUCAAUAUAUGAUCAGAGAAUUAAUAUUAUGAUGAUGAUUUUAGAUUUACUGCUUGUUAUUAUAAUAGCUUCAUGGCCUAUUGGCCUGCAUGUAAAUCUUGUUGUGAUGCGCUUUCUAUCGGAAUGGGGAUAUAGCCAACCCAUCUCUCUUUGUAAAUAAUGUCCUAAACAUAUAUAUACCAUAAUGAGUAUUUCUUAUGGUUUAAUGUUA